CGUAGACAAGAGGGAGAAGGCCAGGUUGUAAAGUACAGGAUGUCUAUUCAGUACGAGGAGCCUGCGUUAGCGGGGAGUUACGAUGUUGUGGGGUCGUUUCCUAAAAGUUUUGGUUAUGGGGUGGAGGAGCCAGACAUGGAGGAGAGCUCCGCAUCAGCUGACAAACCGAGGAUCCUGCUGAUGGGACUGAGGAGGAGUGGAAAGUCGUCUAUUCAGAAGGUUGUAUUUCACAAGAUGUCUCCCAACGAGACGCUUUUCCUCGAGAGCACCAACAAAAUCUACAAGGACGACAUCUCCAGCAGCUCCUUCGUCAACUUCCAGAUCUGGGACUUCCCCGGCCAGGUGGACUUCUUUGACCCCACGUUUGACAGCGAGAUGAUCUUCAAGGGAACCGGCGCCUUGAUAUUUGUCAUUGACGCUCAGGAUGACUACGUCGAGGCUCUCGGGCGGUUACACCUCACUGUGUCUAGAGCCUACAAAGUGAAUCCAGACAUCAACUUUGAGGUGUUCAUCCACAAGGUCGACGGCCUGUCUGAUGACCACAAAAUAGAAACACAAAGAGACAUUCACCAGAGGGCCAAUGAUGAUCUGGCAGAUGCCAGCCUGGAGAAGCUUCACCUCAGCUUCUACUUGACCAGCAUCUACGACCACUCCAUAUUCGAGGCCUUCAGUAAAGUCGUCCAGAAGCUCAUUCCACAGUUGCCAACGCUGGAGAACCUUUUGAACAUUUUCAUCUCUCAUUCAGGGAUCGAGAAAGCCUUCCUGUUCGAUGUUGUUAGCAAGAUUUACAUCGCCACUGACAGCUCUCCCGUGGACAUGCAGUCCUACGAGCUCUGCUGCGACAUGAUCGACGUGGUCAUCGACGUCUCCUGCAUUUACGGGCUCAUGCCGGAUGGCAGCGGCUGCGCCUAUGACAAGGAGUCUUUGGCUAUUAUCAAGCUGAACAACACUACAGUGCUUUAUUUGAAAGAGGUCACAAAGUUCCUCGCGCUCGUCUGCAUCCUCAGAGAGGAGAGCUUCGAGAGGAAAGGUUUGAUAGAGUAUAACUUCCACUGUUUCCGGAAAGCCAUCCACGAAGUGUUUGAAGUUGGCACCUCGCCGCAAGACGCCAGCUCGUCCAGCAACAACCUGUCGGGCCUGAAGUACGCCGCCAUGAACGGAAGCGCCAUUUAAAAGCAGCCGAGAGGAGACGAGUGUGACUCUGCGGGUUCGGACCAUGCAGAGAGACGACACGAAAAGCACACAUCCAUCCUGUCUGUCCAUCAAACGUUGCCUUCCUGUGUGAAACUGAUUGUGAGUCAGUCAGAGCUGCAGCUGGACUGAAUCUGAUCCACCUGUUGUAUCGUCACAGGUGACGUAUGCCAAAAGAAACUCUACAGUAGUUCCUGCUUUAUACACAUUAAUCGGUAGUGAAAUGUCUGUCAGCCAUGUUUACCUUCUCGGCCAGUUGAUUCUGUGUGUUUUCCAACUUAAACAUACUGCAGUGCUCCUUGGACUCCAGUUGGAACUGUGUUUCCAGGAACAGACUUUACAUUCUACAAGGGUACAAACUUCCUUCAUCCCCCUGCUCAUUUUCUCGUGACAUAUUGAGUGCUGUAAGUGGAUUUAAUCCCCCUCCGUAUGAAGAGAGAAGCUGCGUGUUUGUCCUUCAGCGUGUUUUCUGUUGAUAAUGACUCAUGCGACCAGCGACCGGCGCUCUGCUCAGGAUCUCCACGGACCAGAACUGUGCCAGCGACACCAUUAGGAGCCUCGGUUGAUCAACAGAGGGGAGGACGGCAUGUUGGUCUUAAUGGAGUCUGGAAGAAACAAGCUGCCAUGACGCUGACCGACGACUUCGACCAAAAUUUACUCUGCAGGUUGAUAUUGUAGCUUUUCUCAGUGCGAGCGAUGAGUCUGACCUGAAUAAUAAUUCACAGACCUUGAUGAUUUUUUUUUUUUUUUUUAUCAUUGUACAUAAUUCUUUAAUAAAAUAUGUUUCGUA